UGUGUGUGUGUGUGUGUGUGUGUGUUUGCGGGCUCUGAUUGAUUUUGAAACCUAACACUUUCUGCCUUCUGAAUUAUGAAUGACAGGCACGCUCUUGUCCUUCGGCUUUCUCCGAUCCCAACGUUCCUGUUCCCGCUCUUCAAGGAUGGGUAACAGCUCAGCCAAGGCCAAGCUCUCCAAGCGGCCUUUGCCGGACCCUCUGAGGUUGCGUGUGGACCAGCUGGAGCGGGAGGUGUGCAAGAAGGACCAGGAACUGGCUGCCAAAGAGCAGCUGCUCAAAAGUCUCCAGGAUAAGAUUGUCGUGCAGGAACAGGCUCUGGCACACCUCGGCCAGGAGCUGGGGAAGAAGCAAGAGGAUGAGGGUCAAAAACAGAACGUGGACCGAACCGCCGCCAGCGUCCAGGGGGUCGGCCUCAAGGAGACCCUCAAUAAGAGGAAGGGUGCCAAAGCGGGAGUGUCUGCAGAACCGACGUCCCGAACCUACGACACCAGCCACCUGCCAAAGUUCUCCUUUGACAAGGCCCGAGUACCCAAGGAGUCCAGUGUGAAGAAGCAGCUGGUGGAGGCUCUGAACAGGAACCAGUACCUGAAGCGUCUGGAGCCUCAGCAGCUUGGAGACAUGGUGGAGUGCAUGUACCCGCGCACGUACCAGCAGGGGGAUUACGUGGUCCAGCAGGGAGAAGCUGGCAGCCACCUCUUUGUCUUGGCAGAUGGAAAGUUGGACGUGUUUGAGCAGGACACGCUGGUGUCGUCGAUGGUGGCGUGGACGGCGUUUGGCGAGCUGGCCAUCCUCUACAACUGUACACGCACCGCCUCCGUGCGAGCUGUGAACCGAGUGUGCGCGUGGGCUCUGGAGCGCGAAGCCUUCCAGAAUAUCAUGAGGAGGACGGCCGAGAUGCGCCACCACGAGUACCGACAUUUCCUGCGCAGCGUGACUCUUUUGGCGAAUCUGCCUGACGACAAACUCAGCAAGAUCAUGGACUGUCUGGAGGUGGAGUACUACAACAAAGGCGACUACGUGAUACGCGAGGGCGAGGAGGGCAGCACCUUCUACAUCAUUGCUCAAGGAAAGGUGACGGUGACCCAGACCACGCGGGACCACAAGAGCCCUCAGGUCAUCAACAUGUUACAAAAGGGCGACUACUUUGGGGAGAAAGCGCUCAUCAGCGAUGACGUCAGGUCCGCGAACAUCGUUGCCGAUGAGGACAGAGUGGAGUGCCUCCUCAUGGACAGACAGACCUUCGACCAGACGGUGGGCACCUUUGACGAGCUCCAGAGGUACCUCCAAGGCUACGUGGCCACGCUGGACCAGGGCGACUUGAAGCGAAACGCCGGGAAGUCGCUGUCGCGCCGCCCCAGUCAGACGUUGCCCCCCGACGUGCUGCGCCUGAAGCAAAUGACCGCCGCCUUCUCGUCGUCCAGACCGCUCGACCACAUGGACGUCGUCGCCACGCUCGGCGUGGGCGGAUUCGGGCGAGUUGAACUGGUGAAGGUUAAGGGCGAGGACGUGACGUUCGCCCUGAAGGUGAUCAAAAAGAAGCACGUGGUGGACAGCCGGCAGGAGGAGCACAUCCACUCGGAGCGCCGCAUCCUCGCCGAGGCCAGCUCGCCCUUCGUCGUCCGAAUGUUCCGAACAUUCCGAGACGACAAAUACGUCUACAUGCUGCUGGAGGCGUGUCUUGGAGGAGAAGUCUGGAGUCUUCUCAGAGACAGGGGGAGCUUUGACGAGACCACCGCCAAGUUCUGCGUGGGCUGCGUGACCGAGGCCUUCAAGUACCUGCACCGCAAGGCGAUCCUCUACCGGGACCUCAAGCCGGAGAACCUCAUGCUGGACUCUGAAGGUUACGUCAAACUGGUGGACUUUGGCUUUGCCAAGAAGAUGCACGGGGGUCAGAAGACCUGGACCUUCUGCGGGACCCCCGAGUACGUGGCCCCGGAGAUUAUCCUCAACAAGGGACACAAUCUCAGUGUGGAUUUUUGGUGCCUGGGCAUCCUGGUGUUUGAGCUUCUGACUGGCAGGUGCGCCUGUCAAAACUUCCCUCAUAGUGGGACGCGUGCUGAGCGGCUGGCAAACAUGAACGACGGCAGCGGCGACAUCAACAAGCACAGGUGGUUUAAUGGUUUCGACUGGGCGGGGCUAAACGCUCAGACCCUGCCAUCGCCCCUCAAGAGACACGUGUCGGGUCCUCUGGACCACAGCCACUUUGACGUGUAUCCUCCCGAUGACAAAAUUCCUCCCGACGAGCUCUCAGGAUGGGACGCCGACUUCUAAGCUCCUCGACGCUCGUCAUCCCGUGACGCCGCCGAAAGCAGAAGAAGAAGAAAAAUCUUUUGCAUCUGUCGCCUUUGUGGAAGUACAGCGUAUGCGUCAUUUCGCCUCUUCUGAUUCCCUGACCAUCGGAGUGGAUUGUUUUGUCAAUAU